GCCACCUAACUCCUCCUCCCCCUUCCUCUCUCGUACCGAACACACUGAAAAGUAAAAACAUAGCAGACUUCAGACAAGAGAAGCCUCUGAAGUUUGAAGAAUCCUUCAAAACAAAGCUUUCGUCAUCUUCAUCUUCAUCUUCAACCUCCCUGUUCAUCAUUUUCAGUCAAUCAAAAAUGGAUCCUAAACAACAAGAUUCAGAAAACCCAGAUGCACAAACACCGUCAGACCAUCAAUCUCACCUUCCCAUUCUUCCUUUCACAUCCAUUACACUUUCUCUCCCUAAACUCCUUCCCACCCACUUCAUCUCUCCACCCAAAAAUCUCAAAAUCCCUGCCACCGUCAAAAUUCCUACUCAAAUCUCUUCCCUUUUCAACCUUUCUCUUACCUCUACUCCCCUCCCCCCUACCAAAUCCAUAUUGAAAUCAACCGUCUCUGCAAACCCUCUUCAAAACCCGUUAGCUUUAAACCCACACCGCCCCUCUGACCCAUCGAACGCCGCUGGUCUCCGCCGUGCCUCCAUUGUCUGGUUCCGUAACGAUCUCCGUGUUCAUGAUAAUGAAUCUUUGACUUCCGCCAACAAUGAAUCCAUUUCCGUUCUACCAGUCUACUGUUUUGAUCCUAGAGAUUUCGGGAAAUCCUCAUCUGGGUUCGAUAAAACUGGACCUCAUCGUGCAUCUUUCUUGAUCGAAUCAGUUUCUGAUUUAAGAAAGAAUCUUCAGGCAAGAGGGUCGGAUCUUAUAGUCCGAAUUGGAAAGCCCGAAACUAUUUUAGCGGAAUUGGUGAAGGAAAUUGGGGCAGAGGCAGUGUAUGCUCAUAGGGAAGUGUCUAAUGAUGACGUUAAAGGUGAAUCAAAGAUUGAGACUGCAUUGAAAGAUGAAGGGGUGGAGAUUAAGUACUUUUGGGGGAGCACAUUGUAUCAUAUCGAAGAUUUACCAUUUAAAUUGGAAGAAAUGCCAACAAAUUAUGGUGGAUUUAGGGAUAAAGUGAAGGGUAUAAAGGUAAGGAAGACCAUUGAGGCUGUUGAUCAACUGAAAGGAUUGCCAUCUGGUGGUGAUGUCGAGGCUGGUGAGAUUCCAUCUCUGGUUGAUUUGGGUAUGAAUCCUACCGCUACUAUGAGUCAGGUGAAACCUGUUGUAAAUGCUCCUGUUGUUGGAGGUGAGACUGAAGCAAUGAAGAGGCUUAAACAGUUUGCAGCGGAAUGUGAAGCACAGCCUCCAAAAGAAACAAAAGAUGGAAGUAAUGAUAGCAGCAGCAGCAGCAUAUAUGGUGCAAAUUUCUCCUGCAAAAUCUCCCCAUGGCUUGCAAUGGGAUGUGUUUCUCCUCGUUCCAUGUUUGAUGAGUUGAAGAAGUCUGCUUCCAGUUCCAGAAGGGUUUCUUCUGGCUCAAAUGGUGAUGGUGGGAUGAAUUGGUUGAUGUAUGAGCUCCUAUGGAGGGACUUUUUCAGAUUCAUUACCAGGAAAUACAGUUCGUCGAAACAACAGAAAAUUGCUCCAGUGACAGUCACCGUGUAGGUGGAGGGUGUCAUUACAUGUACGAUUUUUUAUUUUUGUUUGGUCAUUGAACUCCCAAAAAUUUGGGUUAUUUGAUCAAAAGAUAAACAAUCAGUAGUACAUUUUAUGUAUCUUUAAUAGUUUUUUUUUUUUUGGUUUUGUCUUGAAAAUGAAAGGACAGUUAUUGGUGGUAUAUCACCAAUCUAUUCUCUGUCUCUGUCUUGUCAAACAUAGUUACAACUGAUUAAAUAACCCAAGAUUUCUGAAUAUCCCUUCUCCAGUUUCGGUUUCGAUGUAAAAUGAUUAAUACAAAAAUAUAGAUUGAAAUUUUGGUAAAAGAAAUGUGGAAAUGUGUUGUUGUAAACCAAAUGGGAAUUAAUAUGUUUAAUAAUCUCUAUGAUACAAUGGUCAAAGAGGUCAACCAAAUAAUAACCACCAUCCAAAGUGCUAAGACCAUAUAUGUUUCCACCAACGUUUGCGCUUUAAUUUCGCUUCUCAAGUUGCUUUUGCUAGUGCCACUUUUCACUCAUCCACAAUUACAAUUUUAAGCAUCUUCAUCUACCUAAUGUAGACAGACAUGCAAUGCAAGCGACCUAACAGAUGUAAUUGCAUACAUCGUUUUCAUCGAGAGUCUAACUCUGAAGGGAAUAGAUUGAUUGUCUUCAUUGGGAGGAAUCGUCUUAUGCAUCAUUUUCUUCUGUACAAGUCUCAGAGUGAUCAUUCUCCCUUCAAUCCAGUUUCAGGAAACUAGUGGUCAUCACACUAUAGUCAUUCACUAUAUUAGCAUCAUCGCACUUGAGUGACUAUGCACAUGUCCGUGGAUUAAUGUUGUACCAUUCGUGAAUAAAGAUAAUCGGUGAACUUUAAACAAUCAGUUAUAGUUAGGUAAGUGCAUAGGAGCUGAAACAUUAUUUUCAUGUAUGUUUUCAGGUUACAUGGAUCUAUUGGAGCGCAGAAAGGAACCAUUGUUUCUUAGAAGGAGGUCAUGUGUUGUUCAUCUAGUAACGGAAUAUUAUUAUAUUUUAAUUAAUACAUCGAAUGUUAUAGGUAUACUACUGAACUUUUGUACUCAUCAAAUCACUAAACGUGGCUUAAGUUUAAAAAAAAAAAAAAAAGACGCUCACUAAACAAUUUUAGUGCCGUUCAUAAAAGAACCACUUAAAAAAAAUUAAAAAGCUCAAUGACUUUUCACAGCUUAAAAAAAGUUUAGUGAUUGAAUAUGGAAAAAAAAAAAAAAAUACAAAAUCAAAAUGUCAUCAUUGGCUUUUCAAUAGUAGAUUUGAGGGCGACAGCGGUGGAUAUAUAGACUUUCCAGUCCAAAAACAAUCAACACAAAAUCAGAUUAACACAGAAAGAGUGUAAAUAGCAAAAGCACAUAGAACGGAGCCACACUUCUAAUGCAAAUUAAUAUUUCAAAAUCCAAAGAAAACAGAAACUGAGAUGAUAAUAAUAAUAAUAAUAAGUCUAAGAAGCCAAAACCAAAAUCCAUGCCCCAAAAAAAUAAAAUAAAACAAAACAAA